AUGGAUAAAAGUGUCAUGGGAGCUUUAGGAACAGAGAUGGGUGUCCUGGGUGCGAGGAGCAGAGCAGUGGUGGCCGCUGCAGGACUGUGGGUCCUGGUGGCAGUGGACGCUGUGGCCCAGCCUGGCCAGCAGCCUCCCAGGCACUGCCUGCUGUCUCACUACAGCUCUCUGGACCCCACGGUGCUGCUGGAGGUCAAGGCUCUGAGGGACCACUAUGAGGAAGAGACUCUGAGCUGGAGGCCCCAGAACUGCUCCUUCAGGCCCAGGAGGAUGCCUCCGCCACCCUCGUCCUGUGCACGUCUGCUCCUGGUGGCCCGAGACAUCGUGGACACCCAGGCCGUGAUCAGCAGCCUGAGGAGCUUGGGGCCUGUCCCUGGUGCUGGCCCCACCCUGGACCUGCUGGUUGCUGCUGGGAGGGACCUGGCAGCCUGUCUGGAGCUGGUCAGGCCAGGCUCCUCCAGGAGGCUCCUUGGGCCAAGGAGGAGAAGUCAGAAAACAAAGAGGCAGGACUCACCCAGGUGCCAUGAAGCCAAGGUCAUCUUCAGCCUCCUGCGCCUGCUCACGUGGGACCUGAGGCUGGUGGCUCAGCUGGGACCUUGUCUCUGA